CGCUCCCUCCCUGCUGACGCCAUGCUCCAGUUCCUCUUUGGAUUUACUCUUGGCAACGUGGUGGGAAUGUAUCUGGCUCAGAACGAUGACAUACCAAACCUGGCUAAAAAGCUUGAAGAAAUGAAAAAGGACGUGGACGCCAAGAAGAAACCCCCUAGUUCGUGAGGCCGACUCCAGGACUGCCUUCUGGAUAAACUGAUUCUCCUGUUCUUGAGGGCCUCCUUUACCAUCUGAACCAAAAGCUUUUGUUUUAAUCUCCAGCCUCAGCAGUUUUCUUCUUUGCUAGACCCUGCAUUGCCUUACAGCACAAAUGGAGCCACAAGUAAAGAACAGCCCUUACUUUUCCAACAUCCUCACUUCUUCCCUUCCUCCUUCUAGCCACGCGGGAGGUCCUGAGAAUGGAAUUAUGGUGCUAGAUUAGUAAACGUGACCUUUAAUUAGCAGUCUCUCCCUUAUUCUUCAAGAUUUCUACUACCAUUUUCAAAAGAAAAAUUGAUGAGUUUUGUAUAGCUGAUGAGAUAUAAAUAAUGCUGAUUUCAUAGUCCAGCAAUUAUGUUGGGUAUUUAAACAGUUGGUACUAAAUUAUGUUGUUUCAAAGUAGUAAUUAAAGUGAAACUCUAGAAGCCAGUUUCUGGUAAAUUAUCCACUAUUUAUCUUGCUGUCAGGAAGCUUCAUAGUUGCUGAUUUAACCAAUAAAUCAAUUUGCUGUUCAUUAAAAA